GACCGCCGAGCGCCGCCCGACCGAGGAGGGGCGCCACCUUCGUUAGAUACUGUGACACAUGCAGGAUUUUACCUGUUUUCAUAUUUUGUCAUUAGACAGUUGAAUUGAUAAAUCACCUGCAUUCUAUGUAACAUUGAAUAAAUACAUUAGAUUAGUUACUUUGGUUAAUGGGCCAGUUUCCCAGACACAGAUUAAGUCUAGUCCUGGACCUUAAAUAACUUUUUUAUUGAAACUUCCAUUGAGCAUGCUUUUUAGUCCAGCACUAGACUCAAUCUGUGUCCAGGAAACAGGCCCCAUAUGUAUUACUGACAUGCUUGUCCUUGUUCAGGACUCCACACACUGGAUUCAGAUUGAACCCUUGACUUCCACUGUCCAGGGAAUGACAAUGUUCAGACACAGGACACCCAAAGGGAGUUAUGAGUGCACAGUGUCUGGGCUCCGCUGGCUGUGUGAGAGAGAUGUCAUUCUGAAGUAUCACUUCAGGAACUGGGAACCCUACAGUCAACUUCUGAAAGACAUGCAGUACACACAAGGUGGUCCAUUGCUGGACAUCGCUAUGGAGUUAGGUGAACUGGAGGAAGUUCAUCUGCCACACUUUGUCUGUUUAGGGACCAACCCUUCCCUGAGGAAUGAGAUGAAGAUUCUUCAUGUAGAGGAACAUGGAGUGUCUUUAGAGGAAGUGCAUGAGGUCACCAGAUUCCAUGCUAAGAUUCUCCAUCCGAAGUUCUCACUUAUCUCUGUUAUACUGAGAUUACUGUCUUUGAACGUAGAUGUCCACUGUGACGUGGUCCUCUAUAUGGCAGUAAAAAGGUCAACAGUCAUUUCAAGGCUGUACAUGCUCCUCAGAAACUCCAGUCAGAAAGAGGCUGUUCAGGAACGGGAGAAAAAUCAGGUGUCCCAAGGAUAUUCGGAAUUGGUCCUGUCAAGUCCAUACGGGUCUUUAAAGCUGAACAGUUGGUUUGCACUCAAGAAUCCCCACUCCACUUCCAUCAAUCCAGAGAAGAUUCAGCUGUUACCUGCAGACACCACACCAAGCUGUUGUAAGAUGAUUAUAAGAAACACAGGGGUUGACAUUGAGAUGGAGUUAAUCGGUGAUGAUGAGAGGACUGUAUGGAGAGAUAUGGUACCAAUAGAUGAAUACAUCACUGAAACCCAUUCAACUAGUGCUGUGUUGGGGGCAGGGCGUAUGGCUGAGAGCAGUCUUACUGGUUCUUCAGAGCAGCAGCUGCGUUCUGUACGGACAGAGUUUGUGACACGAGUGUCAAGACCUGUCCUGGAUGGUCUGCUGGACGGACUGCUGCAUCACACAGUCAUCAACCAGGAGGAAAUGGAGUCAGUGAAGGUGAUAGCUGAGAGGGCAGAGAAGGCACGUGACAUCAUCGACAUGGUGUUGAGAAAAGGAAAUGAGUCUAGUUCCAGGAUCAUCAACCUUCUUGGGGAGCUGGACCCCUGUCUUUGGUCACAGCUCCAGACCAACAGUUGUAGUCAACCCCUGGGUGUUGGGAGACCAGGCAGAAUAGACAGGCAGGAUGGUUCAACAUGUUCUUGCUGUCUGUUGCUUUAAUUCAGCGUACAGAAAAUGUCAAUCAAACAUGACCACUGUAAUAACAAUAAACUUACUGAAGGACCAACCACACAGCAUCUCUCCUUCUGCAGCCUCCUGGAAGUGUGGAUCUUCUAGCAAGAGGGUCAGUUAGUCCUCCACUAGGUACCUAGCUGGACCCCUAUCUAGCAGGAGGGUCAGUCAGUCCUACACACAUUCAACAUAAAUGUAUUUGAUGAAUAUAGUGUACAGUGUUGGCCUGUUAGAGGUUCAUGAGAGAGACUGAAUAUCAAUACAACCACCUCAGUCUAUCAGCAGCUUUCCUGUUAGAGGUUCAUGAGAGAGACUGAAUAUCAACACAACCACCUCAGUCUAUCAGCAGUUUUCUCAGUGAGAGCCUCACGUCUGGAACACAUUGACCAUUGAAGGACAUAAGGAGCUGUGUAACCUGUCACUCCUUUACCAAUGACUUGAGAGUGGCUGAAGGACAUAUAAGGAGCUGUGUAACCUGCCACUCCUUUACCAAUGACUUGAGAGUGGCUGAAGGACAUAUAAGAGCUGUGUAACCUGUCACUCCUUUACCAAUGACUUGAGAGUGGCUGAAGGACAUAUAAGGAGCUGUGUAACCUGUCACCUCUUUACCAAUGACUUGAGAGUGGCUGAAGGACAUAUAAGGAGCUGUGUAACCUGUCACCUCUUUACCAAUGACUUGAGAGUGUCUGAAGGACAUAUAAGGAGCUGUGUAACCUGUCACUCCUUUACCAAUGUCUUGAGAGUGGCUGAAGGACAAUCAGACCCCAUCUAUACACAAUGAUUUACUAAAUGUUUUUUAAUGUUGUAUUUUUUAUGUUUAUCUACCUGCCCAGGGACUACAGUUGAAAACUAACUAGCUGGCUAAAUCUGGCACAUUUAAAGAAAUGUUGAUUGAUGUGCAGUAUCCCAGUCAAAUACAUGUAAUACAUUCUGUGUGUGUAUAUCUAUGUAUGUUAGUAGGUCUCUGAUUACUGUUAGUUCAAUGUAACAUCAUA